AUGCCGGCUGGGUUUCAGCAGCUAGGUGGGGAGAGAAUAACUGGAACCCUUGCACUCUCAGUGUUCACUGCUGUACUGGGCUCUCUACAGUUUGGGUACAACAUUGGUGUUAUCAAUGCCCCUCAAAAGAUUAUAGAGCAGGAUUAUAAUUCCACAUGGAUCCACCGGUACUCGGAGCCUAUUCCAGAGAGAACGCUAACAUCACUGUGGUCCCUUUCCGUGGCCAUCUUUUCCAUCGGAGGGAUGCUCUCCUCCUUCUGCGUGGGCUUUGUUUCGGAAUGGUUGGGCAGGAGGAAAGCCAUGCUCAUCAACAAUCUCCUUGCAUUCAUUGGUGGAGGCCUGAUGGGGAUGGCCAAACUCUGUCGAUCGUUUGAAAUGAUGAUUAUGGGGAGGUUUAUCAUUGGUGCAUAUUGUGGGUUGGCAUCAGGGCUGGUUCCCAUGUAUGUUGGGGAGAUAUCCCCGACCAGUCUGAGAGGAGCUCUAGGAACUCUACAUCAACUUGCCAUUGUCACCGGAAUUCUCAUCGCACAAAUCUUAGGGCUUCAGUCAUUACUUGGUAGUCAGGAGUUGUGGCCAGUGUUGCUGGGAGUUACAGUACUUCCUACAGUCCUACAGAUGGCACUGCUGCCUUUCUGCCCAGAGAGUCCUCGCUUCCUAUAUAUCGUCCGUUGCCAAGAGCACCAUGCCAAGAGUGGUCUGAGACGGUUAACGGGGAAGCAGGAGGUGAGUGAUGACCUGGCGGAGAUGAAGGAGGAGAAGAGGAGAAUGGAUAUGGAGAGAAAGGUGUCCAUUCCGGAGCUUUUCCGCUCGCCCAUGUACCGGCAGCCAAUCAUCAUCGCUAUCCUGUUGCAGCUCUCGCAGCAGUUGUCUGGAAUUAACGCUAUCUUCUACUACUCCACCAGUAUCUUUCAGACAGCUGGAGUGGAGAGCCCAGUUUACGCCACCAUAGGAGCGGGCGUAGUCAACUGUGCUUUCACCGUGGUCUCGCUGUUCCUGGUGGAGAAAAUGGGACGCCGGACACUCCACAUGCUUGGACUAUCGGGAAUGUGCGUCUGCGCCAUCGUCAUGACAAUUGCACUCGCGUUAUUGGACAGUGUGCCAUGGAUGAGUUACAUCAGUAUGCUGGCCAUCUUUGGUUUUGUGGCUUUCUUUGAGGUGGGCCCAGGACCCAUCCCAUGGUUCUUUGUGGCGGAGCUGUUUUCACAGGGCCCACGACCGGCAGCCAUGGCAGUGGCAGGUUUCUCCAACUGGACAGCCAACUUCAUCAUCGGCAUGGGCUUCCAGUACAUAGCGAAUGUCGCCGGUCCGUACGUCUUCCUCAUCUUCGCCGUGCUCCUCCUCUUCUUCCUGCUUUUCACUUUCUUCCGGGUCCCAGAGACGCGAGGAAAGACGUUCGACCAGAUCUCCGCUGCUUUCCACAACCACCCACCAACCAUGAUGGACCUGGACUUGGGCUUGGACAUGGAACUAGGGAAAUCCAGUACAGAGCUGGACUACCUUGGAGGAGAAGGAAACGAGAACUGA